UGUGACUGACCCUGCAGCCAGGGCGUGUGGACUAGGGUGAUCGAGUGUCAGCGGGGUCAGAACGGCAACCUUGGGACUCUGGAGCGGCGCGCCUGGUACACAGAAGCCAUCCACACCUCGGAGCAGGGAGAGCCAGGAGCGGGAGUCCCUCAGGAUACGGUCGAAAGUUCUCCAAAACAAAGUGCCUGACUUCAGCAAGGGAUGGCACUGGCCUUGGUGAGUGUGUUUGUGUGCAUUCUUCUUCUUUUUUUAAAGUUCUUUGAGAUUUUCAACAACAUGUUCUGAUCAUAUUCUAUUCCCAAACAUACCUCUUCCCAGAUCCACCCUAGCAAGCGUGCAUACUCUUUGGCUCCCCUGGGUCUGAAGGAGGAGCUUCAGGUAAUGAGGGGAUCACUACUGUUCACGGAAUCAGAGGUCUGACCUUGGGGGUCCUAACAGACUAAAUUUAGUGACUUGCCACUCAGUCCAAUGAGAGAGGGAUUCAGAGUUCAAGGAAACAGAAAAGGCCUUGGGCAGGAGCCAUUGAGCAAACAGUUCAGGCAGCUGCGCUAUGAGGAAAGCACUGGACCUCGAGAGGUUUUACGCCGGCUCCGGGAGCUCUGCAGACAGUGGCUGCGGCCAGAUAUGCACAGCAAGGAGCAGAUCCUGGAGCUGCUGGUGCUGGAGCAGUUCCUGACCAUCCUGCCAGGGGAGCUGCAGGUCCAGGUGCUCGAGCACCACCCAGAGACUGGGGAGGACCUGGUGGGAAUACUGGAAGAUUUGCAGCGACACCGUGGAGAAGCAGGACAUCAGAAGGACCCAACCCAAGGAAACAGACAGACUGUGCUGGUCCUGCCUCAGCGUGAGGUGCGGAAGCCUGAGCGUGAGGUGCAGAAGCCUGAGCGCGAGGUGCAGAAGCCUGAGCGCGAGGUGCAGAAGCCUGAGCGCGAGGUGCAGAAGCCUGAGCGCGAGGUGCAGAAGCCUGAGCGUGAGGUGCAGAAGCCUGAGCGUGAGGUGAAGAAGCCUGAGCGUGAGUUGCGGAAGCCUGAGAAGGACAAGGGUGAGGAAACAAGGACUGGGAAUGGGAAGCUUAUUAUAGUGACAGACCACUGUGGAAGAAUCAAAUCAUCUUGUACAACGUCUAAACCCAUGGAGGCCCACGGUGAGGACUUGCGCUUCAGAAAGCAGCCAACCAUGCCCAAGGAGAAAACCAGCAGCCGAUGCCUGGAAACUAAGGAGGGACUUGUCCAGCACUCAGCCCUGACUGAACACGAAAGGGCACAUGCAGGAGAAAAGUCUCGUGAAUCUAUUGUGUGUCAGAGUUCUGUUCCUGCUGAGCAUCAGGAAGUCCUCUCAAAAGAGAAAGGUCACCCCUGCCAUGAGUGUGGGAAAGUCUUUCAGAGGAGUUCACACCUCGUCAGACAUCAGAAAAUCCAUCUUGGUGAGAAGCCUUACAAGUGCAAAGAGUGUGGAAAAGUCUUUAGCCAGAAUGCAGGCCUUUUGGAGCAUCUCAGAAUCCAUACUGGAGAAAGACCCUAUCUGUGUAUCCAUUGUGGAAAGAACUUUAGGCGAAGCUCUCAUCUUAAUCGACACCAAAAAAUUCACAGUCAGGAGGAGCCCCGUCAAUGCAAGGAGUGUGGGAAAACCUUUAGUAAGGCCCUGCUCCUCACCCACCAUCAGAGAAUCCACGGUCGUGCCAAAAGACAUUAUUGUAAUGAGUGUGGGAAAGGCUUCAGUUUGACUUCCGACCUUAUUCGACAUCACAGGAUUCACACUGGAGAAAAACCUUUCAAAUGUAAAGUGUGUCAGAAAGCCUUCCGUCUAAACUCACACCUAGACCAGCAUGUCAGAAUCCACAAUGAAGAAAAACCCUACCAGUGUAGUGAAUGCAAAGAAGCCUUCAGGCAGAAGUCAGGUCUCUUUCAGCAUCAGAGACAUCACCACAAGAGCAAACUGGCUUGACGAGGUUCUCUGUUUGAGACAUCAGAAUGUUACAUUGACAAGCAAACAGUGCUUUUUAAAAUCACCUUGGCAUCAGUCUUGGAGGCCAAAUUAGAAGCCAUUUGCCUCCAUUGUUUUUCUCUCCUUUGUUUUAAAGCCAUAAUGAGACUAUAAUAAUUUCACUUUAGGUGGUGGGAUCAGAGUUAAACAAUUCUUCACUAGAAGACUUCUCAGAGCCUUUAAUGUGAUAAGUACAUUAUUAUUUAUUUCUAAGUAAUAACCUCUUGUAUGAAUGAAAUCAGCAAGUCAAGUGCCUACAGAUUUAUACAGAAUGAGAGCAAGCUGAUUAUUUUUGUAAGUACAUAGCAGCAGGCUCCUGUAAAAUAAAACCAAGAAGGGUUGGGGAGAUGGUCCAGUGGUUAAACCAGUUGCUAUGCAAGUGUAAGGACAAUAUUUUGGAUCCCCGGCCCCCAUGUAGAAGUCAAAUGGGUAUAGUGGCCCGGAUGUGGUCCUACCCCGGAUGAGGAGGCAGAAUGGAAUCUUUCAAGCAAGUGGACUAGCCAGACUAGCUUUAUCAAAGCUGGAUUCAAGCAUGGAUUCGUGGGAGAAUUUGGAGAGCAGCUGGUGGGGUGAUCAAAGAAGACUCCUGAUAUUAAUCCAAGUGCAUAUGCACCCAUGUCUACCCCACACAUGCAAACAUCACACACACAUGAAAAAACAAAAUCCCAAGGGUCUGGAGUGAUGAGUCAAUGGUUAACCCUCUGCUCUUGCCCAGGAUCCAUCCAUUUGCAGUUCCUGACACCUACAUAACAGUUCACAACCAUC